AUGAUAGGAAUAUCUUCAGAUUCAGUAGCAUUUUUGGAUUUGAUGAUACUGAAGGUUUUACCACAGACCAGAAAGAUUGAAAGAAAAUGUUUAUGUGAAGAGAUUUUAAAUAAAUUAUCAUCACAUAAUUUACUUAUUUCUGCUCCUCCUUUUCCUGGAAAGACUGCCUUGACACAACUGAUGGAACAUAGGGCAAAAAAAUCUGGCUUUAAAGUUAUUGCAAUGGCCUUUACAGACUAUAUUUUUCAUCAAAAACAAUAUUUACACGAAAAAGUUAUAUCAGAAGAAAAAAUCUUCAUUACAUAUGUGAAGGAAAAGACAAAUUAUGAUUGGCAAGAUAUUAUCAAGGAUCCAAAUAUAUUGUUUAUAAUGGAUGAUGCACAUUUAAUAUUUCAUGUUGAGUUGACAGAAAUUUCAAAAGAUUGGUCAGAAAACAUAGAUGAAAAAGCAAUGAACUUUAUAUCUAAUGGUCAUCUGAGUGCUAAAUUAGAACAACACAUCAAUAUGAUUAGUCCAGAAAAUUUAUAUGAAGCUUUUUUUUCUUUUAGUUGUCCAGUAAUAGAGCAAUUUUAUCAACAGGAAUAUGUCAAGGAAUUCAUAUACACAUUUUCACCUCAAAUAGAAUCACUUACAAUUGAAAAUGAUGGACUCAUUGGAUUUAUCUACAAAGUUGUCAACCAAAUAGAUGGGAGUCUUUUAUGUAAAACCUACUCAAAAAGUGCAACACGUGUGUAUCAAAAUGAAUUUUACCAUGCUGUUUGGGCAAUAAUUCCCGGAAGAUUGAGUCCUGAUGUGGGUACAUAUUUUGGUGUCAGAGGUGCUGUUAAUUUUUAUUUAAAUGGACAAUUCAAAUGGGCUUUUGAGUUUCUCCAUGAUGGAAUAAGAAUAAAAGAACAUUCUGAGCAUUUUAAACCAAAUGGUAAAAUUGUUAUGAAUGAUUGGGCAACAAUUGACUUAUGUAUUAGUAAUCCAAUGUCAUCAAAAAUUGCAAUCACAGAUGACAGGCAUUACUUUCGUGUUCUAAUAUCCAAUGAUUGUCAAUUUGCUACAAUAGAACACACUGGUAAAGAUCAUAAAAAAAUUAUGAUCAGACAAAAGUCUUUUAUUUUACAGAGUUAUGUAGAGAGAUAG